AUGUUGUACAAGGCCAUUGGUGGGGCCACGAUCAUGAUCGCCUCGGCGACCAUGAUCAUUCAACUCGUUUUGAUGCCAUUGGUUUUGCAACAAACUGAGAAGAUGCACUUGAUGUUUGAAAGUCGACUGAAGAGGUUUCAUGUGAGUAUAAUGUUAUGCAGUGAUAUUAUAUUGUAGUAGAUGGGUGUAGAUCAAAAUUUUUGAUUUUUUUGAUUUGGGAAGAAAGGUAUUGCAAUUUUUUGUUUUGUAAAGGAAGUUCUUGCCAUUUUUUGUUUUGUAAAGAAAGUUCUUGCCAUUUUUUGUUUUGUAAAGAAAGUUCUUGCCAUUUUUUGUUUUGUAAACAAAGUUCUUGCCAUUUUUUGUUUUGUAAACAAAGUUCUUGCCAUUUUUUGUUGUGUAAAGAAAGUUUUUGCUAUUUUUUAGCUUGUAAACAAAGUUUCUUCCAUUUCAGCACGAUGCCCGAGCCUUUGAUGAGCAACUGAACCAACUUCGAAGCAUCAUACCAAAUUCGAAUGACAGAGUACGUCGUCAGUUGAAUAAUUGUCCACCGCCUACCCCUGGCCCACCUGGACUACCUGGAUUGCCUGGAGAAGAUGGCGAAGAAGGGAAUGCUGGGUUUGAUGGUCCUGCUGGGCUUGAUGCUCAAGGCAAGUUUUAAAAAUUUUUUAUGGUUGUCGGUCAAAAAGUUCGUAGAAAAACAACUUUUCUUUUGAUUACCGGUCAAAAAGUUUAUAGAAAAAUCAAUUUUCACUACCUCCACAUAUUAACCAUCCCCCUUUUCAGCCUUACUAAUGGAAGAAGCCAGAAAAUGUGUCAUCUGUCCAGCCGGUCCACCUGGUCCAACUGGUCCACCUGGACCUCAAGGAUACCAAGGCCGCGCCGGAAACAAAGGAAAAGUCGGUGAAGCCGGAAAAGACGGCUUCGACGGUGAACCUGGCCCAGAAGGCUUCAACGGACAUCCAGGACAGCCUGGCAAAACCGGUAAAAAAGGUACCGAUGGUCGCCCAGCUCAAGGUGGUACCGGUCCACCUGGACCAAAAGGUGGUAAAGGACCUAUUGGUCCUACUGGUGCACAAGGACCACGAGGAAAGAGGAACUACGUGUACGGUCCACCUGGUCCCGAAGGUAAACAUGGACCACGCGGCUACGAUGGUCUUGAGGGUAAACCUGGAAGUCGAGGUGAGAAGGGCCCUAAGGGUGAGGCUGGUCUCAACGCCAAGUUCUGUCCUUGUCCUGGAGAACUUAAAAAUGGCAAGCCUAAAAGUGGACUGGUACCGCAGGCUCAGUUUAGUCGAGAGACGGCUUCGAAAGAGCACCAAAGUCAAGAAAGAAGUGGUACUGGACAGAUUAGUGGUACUAGUGGGCUAGAAGCACAAAAUGUUGGUACUAGUAAUGAAAAUCAGUACCAAAAUGAGCAAAAACAGUACCAAAACGAGCAAAAACAGCCCCAACUACCCCAACAACCACAAGAAGAAUCUACCCUCCACGACAGUGAUGCACCACCAGCACCAUCUGCACCAACAAAACGCACCUUCGCUGCACCAAUGGCUGAGCAAAUUCUGGCCGCAGCUCCACCUGCUGAUGCGGCACCACCAGCACCACGCAAGGACUACGAAGACUUCUACCCAAACUACGACCAAAACAAACGCAACGACUAUGAUGAAGAUCAUGUACAAGGUCAGAAUGAUGGUGCUGGUAGUCAUAAUGGUGCUGAUAACGUACAACAAGAUCAGGUUGUUGAUGACCAACAACUCGAAGAGGUCGUGACGGAAUCUCCAGAAGUCGACCAAACUUCACCAACUCAACGACGCUUCGUCUAUGUUACCAAGAGGCCGCGGGCUGCUUAA